AUGGAAGAUAUCAUAGGCGAUGCCAAGGUCGACCAUUACCAGUACAAGGUCCUCUCUAUCCUCUUCGCGCCCUUCCAGCACGUUCUCCUGCUCGACGCCGAUGCUUGGGCCAUCAGGGAUCCCGCCUAUCUGUUCCACUCGGAGCCCUACAAGUCCCACGGCCUAGUCACAUUUCCCGACGUUUGGGUUUCCACUGCCCAUCCCGCGUUUUUCGAGAUAACCGACACCCCCAUGAACGCCCCUACCGAACGAAGAACCUCGGAGUCGAGUGUGCUCAUGUACGACAAAGGGAUGCAUGCCGAUAGUUUGAUUCUCGCGACAUACUUCAACCUUUACGGCCCGGAGCAAUACUAUCCCCUCUUGUCGCAACACGGCCCCGGUGAAGGAGACAAGGAGACUUUUCUCCAGGCCGCGUUGAGCCUUGGGAAGCCAUUCUACGACGUCAAGGAGAAUGUCGGAAUCGUUGGCCGCGUUAUCGAAGGCCACCAUCGUGGCGCGGCCAUGAUCCAACACGAUCCCAGCGAAGACUGGAAACUCCGAGAAUACCUACGCACACACGGAAAGCCCAUGACGAAACCUUCCGGCGAGCCCGUGAAAGCCUCGCCUCUCUUCAUACAUCACAAUAUUGCCAAGAUGGACAUCUAUGAGCUCAGCGGCGACUCGGAGCCGCUUUCUAUUAAAACGGACGAAGGCAAGGUUGACCGGUUAUGGGGCUGGCCGGACGGCCUUUACGAGAGCGCGGGAUUCGACAUUGAAAAAGCCAUGUUCGGAACUAUCAUCCGGGCCAAAUGUGAGGUGAUGGCACCUGCCUCGGAGUGCACGGGGCUGUGGAACUUCUAUCGCGCCGCUUUUGGGUCCGAUGCAAGCAAAAACGGAGGGAAGAGAGGGAGAUAA